GUUGAACGUCCAAAGCAAAACUGUGGAGCAGUCGAUCCUUCAACAAACACCAAAAAACUCCCCUCCAGUAGUUCUUUCUUCCACGGCCAUCUCCGACCGCAAUCAACAUGGCCGCAUUGAAGUUUGUACGAAGCGUGUGGGAGUCGUUUCGGGUCAACUCCGGGCUUGAGCCUAGACUGCUCGACGGCCUCAAAGUGACCGCUGCCCAACCGGGCAAAGUCACGCUCGAACUCGAGAUUCAGAAGGAACACACGAAUAGGCUGAACAUCCUGCACGGGGGCACCAUAGCCUCAAUCACGGAUCUGGGAGGCUCGCUUGCCGUCGCCUCGCGCGGUCUUUUCAGCACCGGCGUCAGCACCGACCUCAACGUCACCUACCUCAGCAGCGGCGGCAAGGUCGGAGACAAGAUCCUCGCCGAAGUAACCUGCGACAAGUUCGGCAAGACGCUCGCCUACACCAGCGUGAGGUUCCUGAAUGAGAAAGGAGAGUUGUUCGCUAGAGGGAGCCAUACGAAAUAUGUCGCUCUCGCCUGGAAGGAUCCGAAGAAUAUCACGGAGGAGCUUAGCCCAAGGCCAAAUGAUCAGAAGGCCGAGUAACCUUGGCCUCACAAUCUGCUCGAAGCUGACUUGUCCAUACAUUUUUGUAUCAUUUGCAUUCAGGGUAUCAUAUACAGAGUACAGCUAAGCCAAAUCUAUCGGAGUGCCUAGAGUUAAUACACCCUUUUGGAAUGCCCCGACUACACAAUCUCCA